CAAAACAACCAAGAAGCUGAGAGAACGAGACGUUCGACCGACCGCAGCGAGACCCCCAGAGACCGCCGCCAUGACCACCUCAUACGUGCAGGCUGACAAGCUGCAGCCCACCGCCUUCGAAGUGCAGUACUUCGACGACUACGACUACUACAACCUGACCGACCGAUACGUCUUGCCCACCGCAACCAGGAAGGGGCGCACAAAGAAAGAGGCGAAAGAGAACACCAACAAAGACAACCCGGGGGGACACGAGAGGAAGAUUGUAGACAAACUACAGAGGACGGAGGGCAAGAGGAAGUCUAAGCCUGGCAAAGAGUGACAGAGGUUGAUCUCCGGACGGCACUAGGGAGCAGGACUUGAUGGCAUGUGACAGGCACAGAGAACAUGGCGGGUCAGGGAAGGCGGACAGAAGACUCUGCCAGUCCCAGGACGCUACAGAGCAGGCGGCUGACGUUCGACCAUCUGCAGAGCAUCGCUCCGCUACAGCGCCUCCCCCAGCAGAGCUGCAGCACAUCGCACCUUGUUGUAGUGCUGUAGAGGAGGCAGAGCAUUGCUAAUUCUGUGAUGCAAAGUUGUACUGUAACCCCCUCAGCCAGUGGGCGGAGUCACAGCUUCACUAACCAUUUUACGGCUGUAGGUAAUGGAAGAAAAGGUUACAAUAAAGAUAUUUGAUGUAAACAACAA